AUGACUCUCAUCAAGCACAGCCCGAAUACCACGCUUAAGACGAAUAGCGAGCAGAGUACGACCUUCCUUGUCAAGCUGUCCACGCCGUUUGUGUCUGCAGUCAAGCGGAUAGACAAGAUGUUCACCAGGACCCGUUCGGAUACUGUGGUGGUCAAAGGUAUGGGAAAAGCCAUGGAGAAGACAUUGGGCAUUGGGGGAACAUUCGAUGACAAGUUGGGCUACAGCGUGGGGUACUACACUGGAAGUGUAGAAGUGUUGGAUGAGGUGGUCGACGAGGAAGACGAAGCCCACGAAAGUGUGUACAAGAAGAGGAUGGUCAGUUAUGUGGAGUUGAGGAUACGAAAGGAUAGAAAGUAA